AUGGCUGGAGGGACAAGUGUACAGGCGCGUCGUGCUUUUUCACAGACCUUGAUGGAAGACCUCGAGAGCAGUGAUUCAGAGCAGCUGAAGCCCCUCCGUAAGCUGAACGAUGGCGUCGCUGGCUAUGUCUUCGACCUAGUACCUCUUCGAGCCACUCGCGUUGUGCCGAUGAAAGAUACAUCUGAGGUACUGUCCGACCAGGCACACGGAGCUCUCAAUUCCAUCAUGCCUAGUCCCGAUGACCAUAGCCAUGCCGACGACACUGCCCGGUUGACCACCCUACUCCAAGCUUCCCUCGACUGUCUCUCCCCAAACACACUUCGGAUCGUCAAUUCAGCUAGGUCCCCUCACGAGAUCUUGCGCCUGAUACGUGAUGUUGGGAUUGACGUAUUCGAUGCUCACUGGGCGCAACGCGCUGCGGACAUCGGCAUUGUCCUAGACUUUCGCUUUCCGGUGCCGGAGAACCCGUCUGUUGCUUCGACAAACUGUCCAGGGCCUCGAACUCGGCAUAACGGCAAAUUGGACUUGGGGCAUAACUUGUACGACGCACAAUAUGCGCAUGAUCACUCACGACUCGCGUCCAGCUUUCUCGAUGCGUUCUCUCACCAGGGGGGAUUUGUCAACAAUGAAAUUUCCGGAGUUAGGGUAUGCCCGUGUGCAGCCUGUUCUCCUGCGCGACCAGCAGACCAUCUGCGACAUAGUUCUGUGGAUCGUCUGUCAUUCCCCAUUGAACCCGAGAAUUCAAAAACAAAUUUAGUACAGCCGCCUCUCAAGCGAUCAUAUCUCCACCAUCUUCUGCAUACCCAUGAAAUGUCAGCACACUCUCUGCUGGUGAUGCAUAAUCUCUCCGUGUUGGACGCGUUCUUCGAUGGGGUGCGGAAGGUCAUCGCCGAUGUCCAUAGGGAUUAUGAACAAGAAGUAGAGAGGUUCUUGAAUAUGUACGACGAAGACAUGACUGUGUGUGACGAGGCGAAACUGUUAUGGGCCCAGGUCGAGCGUGCAAGGGGGAAAGGGCGGCUUACUAGAGAGAAAAUCAAACAAGCUGAAUCUAGCCUUGGCACGUCGGUGGAAUUAUAG